UUUGAAUAAAGUAUAAAUUUAUACUUCUACGAUCUAAUACGUAUGUUUUGCAACAUAACUGAAAUAUAUGUUACGUGAAAUCUUACGUACAUAUACAUAUAGGUACAUACAUGAUAUACUAUACGUAGAGAAAACUGGUUAAUCGCUGCAAAUGAAAGGAAAAAGAAAGAGCAAGAAUUGAAAUACUUCAACUUUUCUGUACCGCAAUAAGAAAAACAAACGUCAAGAAAAUCUUGAUAAAAGUAUGUGUCAACUGGAUUGGUCUAUCAAGAGAAAUGCGGUAUGCGUUAACUUACGAUAGACUCGUACGUAACCGAAGAAAGAAAGUAUAUACGUUGAGUGAGCUUCAAAAUCGGCACUUUUUACACAAACGGAUCGUCAUGAUUGCGAAUUUAAAUCGGCGUGGUUUUCAAUUGGUUGAAAACUUGCUAAUCGUUGGUAUCCGUCGUAUAAAAGAUCGUGCUGUUCAAGGCCAUGCCUCAGAAAUCUUCUCAGAUUCAAAUCGUAACGUGUGCUUCUCAACCACCUGUUGCGCUUCUUCUAAACUCAGUAUGGAUGGAAUUUUGACAAAGAAUAUCUGGGAAACAGACCCAGAGCUUUUUGAUAUACUGAAAAAAGAGAAAAAGAGGCAGGAGUGUGGUCUUGAAAUGAUUGCCAGUGAAAACUUUACAUCUCUAAGUGUUCUUCAGUGCCUCGGCUCUUGUCCUCAUAAUAAAUACAGCGAAGGUUUACCUGGUCAAAGAUAUUACGGAGGGAACGAAUACAUCGAUGAAAUUGAAUUGUUGGCCCAGAAACGUGCUUUGGAAGCGUUCAAUUUAAACCCGGAGGAAUGGGGUUGCAACGUGCAGCCGUAUUCCGGAAGUCCAGCAAAUUUGGCUGUCUAUACAGGUUUACUCAACCCUCAUGAUCGCAUAAUGGGUUUAGACCUUCCUGAUGGAGGACAUCUCACACAUGGGUUCUUCACUCAGAAAAAGAGAAUCUCAGCGACGUCCAUAUUUUUUGAAUCUAUGCCAUAUAAAGUGAAUGUUGAAACCGGUCUAAUUGAUUAUGAUAAGCUGGCAGAGAACGCGAGAUUAUUUAAACCUAAGGUUAUAAUAGCGGGUGUAUCCUGUUAUAGUAAAUGUUUAGACUAUAAGCGAUUCAGGGAAAUAGCAGAUGAGAAUAAUGCUUAUCUAUUUAGUGAUAUGGCCCACAUAGCGGGAUUAGUCGCUGCUGGAUUAAUACCUAGCCCGUUUGAAUAUAGCGAUGUUGUAUCAACUACAACUCACAAAACUUUAAGAGGGCCUCGAGCUGGUCUCAUUUUCUUCCGCAAAGGAGUUAGAAGCAUUGGAAAAGAUGGUCAAAAAAUUAUGUACGACAUAGAGACUAGGAUCAAUGAAGCCGUGUUCCCAUCUUUACAGGGUGGACCCCACAAUAACGCGGUUGCAGGAAUCGCGACUGCAAUGAAACAGACUAAAUCGCCAGAAUUCAUCCAAUACCAGAAACAAGUUAUAGCCAAUGCAAAGAGAUUGUGCUCUAAAAUGCAAGAGCUCGGAUAUAAAAUUAGUGCAGGUGGUACUGAUGUUCAUAUGAUACUCGUAAACGUACGAGUUGCGGGCCAUACAGGAGCUAGAGCCGAAAAGAUUUUAGAGAGUAUUUCGAUUGCUUGUAAUAAGAAUACCGUGCCCGGUGACAAAAGUGCAUUGUUUUGUAGCGGCAUUAGGCUCGGAACUCCCGCGUUAACUACUCGCGGCUUAGUUGAGAAAGACAUGGAUAAAGUUGUUGAUUUCAUACACCGAGGACUGUUGCUUAGUAAAGAAGUCACUAAGAUUUCUGGCCCUAAAUUUGUGGACUUUAAAGAAGUGUUAAGUACUAAUGAAGAUAUAAAAGCAAAGGUUUCAGCUUUGAAGGAAGAGGUUGAGGCCUUCUCCAAGCAAUUUCCCAUUCCUGGUUUCAAAGAAUAUUGAACAUUUAUUUUUAUAUUACGUUCCACAUUAUACAUAUGCUUAUGCUACUAUCCGUACUUAUUUUUCAAUAUUAAAAGUCACGUUUAUUUGGUAAUCAAAUCAAUAUAUACAUAUAUGAAUCUCGUGUGAAAUACAUAUAUAUUUUUAUAUACUUUUUUUACAGAUAUAAAUUAGUUAAAAAAUGUUUUUAUUUAUAUUACGGGUAUAUUAAGAAGUUAAAUACAAGAAACGUUUGACUAAACGAACUACAAUAUUACAUUACUUACACGUAGUAUACGUAAUUACAUUAUAAACUUCGUACCCUUUAGCAAUUGUUUAAUGAACUUAUACAUUUAUUAUUGUGACUGAGUAUCAAUAAUAUUUUAUAUAUUUCCAUUAAGUUUUCCACUUGUAAAGACAGUUUGUACAAAUUACUGAACACAAAAUAAAGGUUUGUUGAAAUAUAAUUUUGUUUGUACAAACAUAAA